GAAUGUUAGCAGUCCAAGAUUGAGCGAUGAGUUCUACACAGUGGACCACGCUGUUUCAGCGAAGAUCCAAGAAAUUGAUAGCCAAUCUGGGGAGCAUGACAAUGAACCUGACAGCAGGAAUCUGGGAAGAAUGUCGGAAGGUACCAACCCUUUUGCAGGUGGUGGGGAUAGCCGGAGUCCCAUCUUAAUGCGGUUGGACAUGCUGGCCGGGAUCUGUGUGCUCUUGAACUCGCUGGUCAUGGCAGUAGAGCUGGAGCUGGAAGGACGCGUCAGUGGCUCGGGCUUAGGUCUUGAAAGCUUGCCGGGCAUAGACCUGACGGAUUUCUUCGCGGCCUGUGACAACAUUUUUGCAGUUCUGUACUUUCUUGAGAUAUGUGCACGGAUCUACAUCCAACGAUGUGGCUUCUUCCGUGGCCUGGCGAAUUGGUUUGAUAUCUUCCUCGCCACCACGACGUGCCUCGAUGUCUGGCUUUUACGACCGAUGGCCUUGGGAGGUGGGGCCACCGACCAGAUGAUCCUGCUGCGCUUGGCUCGAGCAGUCAAGUCAAUGCGGGCAAUUCGCAUGGUGCGUACUUUGCGGCUGUUUCGUGGGCUGCGCGUGCUUGUCAUGGCGUGCAUUUCCUUUCUGCCGUCGCUUUGCUGGUCCAUGGUUUUGCUGGCGGUCUUCAUGAUAAUGGGCGCCCUGAUGCUGGGCAAUCUGUUACAGGAGUUCAUCGCCAAUCCGGAGGGAGAAAUGGCGUGGAGGGAGUGGGUUUGGAUCCACUAUGGUACGGCGCUGCGAUCGAUGUACACGCUUUACGAAAUCACUUUUGCUGGCAACUGGCCUACUUAUGCACGACCAGUCAUUGAGCAAGUGAGCAGCGUGUUUUCUGUAUUCUUUCUGGCUUACAUUACGCUGGUGGUUUUCGCAGUCAUAAGAGUCAUCACGGCGAUCUUUCUCAAAGACACCUUGGAUGCUGCAAGCAACGAUGCAGAGCAUCUUGUUGUGGAGCGGCUCCAAAAGAAGUCGCAGUAUGUGAAAAAGCUGGAAAGAGUUUUCCAAGCCAUAGACGAGACUGGAAAUGGUAUGAUUUCGCAAGCCCAGCUCUCGGCUGUAUUGCAAGACCCCAUCGUCAGGGCCUACUUUCAGACCCUGGAGGUUGACGUGCACGAAGGUGCCGCCCUGUUUCACAUCAUCGAUAAUGGCGAUGGCGAAGUUACGCUAGAAGAAUUCAUAGACGGCAUCCUGCGCUGCAAAGGACCAGCGCGGGCGAUAGACCAGGUUGCGAUGCGUGCGGACCUGAAGCAGCUUCUGCGUGAGAUUGACAUGCUGUCCCGCAAGCUGGACAAGGACGACCCAGCACAAGCGGAGCUUCGGGCACAGUACCGGAAAGCCUCUGCCGUGCAGCUCCACAAUUUGCAGGUCUUCUCACGUGAAGAGAUGGCGAGAGGAGCCUUCGGACAUCGCAAGGGCAGCCUAUAA